UUAAUUUUAUGAAUUCAUUUUUACUUGUCUAAUUUAAAUUUAAUUUAUCUUAUUUUAUUUCUCUAGCUCUAUGGUGGGAGAGUUUUGAAGAAUAGUGCAAAGAACUUCAAAGGCUAGCAAUUCGAGUACUAAGUCUUACUUUGUAGUGCCAUCGGAUGUGAAAGAAAUUGGAGCACAUUCGAACAUAUUCAUUCCAAAAAAAGAAAUCAUUUGGAGCAACAAAGGUUGAAUGCCUUGGUGUUUGUCAAGUAUAAUAUUUAACUUGAGAUGAGACAACAAAAAAAACAAGAAAAGGGAGAGACAUGAUCCGAUAUACUUAUCAGAUAUGAAAUUAGAUGAUGAGUGGAUAACUGAACAAGAAGAGCCAUGCUUAUUGGAUGAUGUAUCUUGGUUGGAUGUAAAUGAAUGUUUUAAUAUUGAUGAGGGACCUAAUAACAGAACAAGGAAGAGAGGAUCAAGAAACUUAAAUGUUGAUAGUGAAGGUAAAGGAAAAGAAAAGGUUAUUGAGAAAGAUAUUGAAGUGAUAGAAGAAGAUGAAGGUAAUGAGGAAGAAGAGGAAGAAGAAGAGAAUCAAGAGAUGAUUAUGCUUGAAGAUGAUGAUGAUGACGACGACGGCGGUGGUGGCGAUGACGACAUUAGCUUUGGAGAUGAUUAUGAUGGCUGAAGAUUCUAUUUAAUUUUUUGAGUGAAUAGUGAAUUAAUAAUACUUCAUGUUUACUUUUAAUUUGUAGUUUGGACUUAGUAUUUUAAAUUUACCUAUACUUUUUGAGUAUUCAUUAAUUAAUAGAUUGGUAUAUAUUUUGAUUGUGCUUUUUGUUACUGAAUCUUACGAUUCGAGUCACGAUUCGAGUCGCGAUUCGAGUUAAGGUAUGGAUGAUUCACGAGUCGAAUUCUAAUUUGACAACUUUGUUCACCGCUCAUCUAGAAUCCAAUACAUUUAGAGUUAAGUUGAAGUGAGUUAACCUAGAUUUACCUGAUAAUCAAUGAGACAAAUCCAAAUCAACCUUUGUUUAUAAAAAGAUUAACUCAAUUAUCCAACAAAUUAGAAGGCGUCAAGUCAAUAUGAUUGUG